GUGUCCCGUUGUGUAGUUGCGAUGUUUUCACUUUGGUUUGUGUUGGUGUUUUUGAUUAGAAUUGGUCUUGUUAAACCUCAAUCAGGUGAUGAUGAAAUAACGACAAUGUUCGACGAUGAUAUUCAUACACCAUCAGCCGACGAAAAUUCAAAUUCUGCAUCGAAGCCAAAUCCAUAUGAGUGGCUUCCUCCUGCGCCUGUUCCCGGACCAAAAUUUAGAGCCGAUAAAAUACAGAUAUAUGGAAGUAAUACUCCUUCCGAAAGCCUGAAGAUAUCACAUGAAGACAAAAAAGCAUUGUCAAUCCUUUUAGAAGAAAUCCAGAACUUUUUAACACUUAAGUACACCGUAGAGAGUCAAACAAAUCCAGGAAAUCUAAAAUACAACAUGAAUAUAAAGUUAUACAAUCUGUUGUUUCAAUCUCAAGAACUGCUUUGUCCGUAUAAUGUUUGCGAGUUCGGAAAUUGUGAGCUUAGGGAUAUACCCUCGGUAUCUCCAACAAAUAUUCCCGAAAUUGCAGGAGACAUGGUAAUAGAAUGGAACACGAUGCUGUUACAACCGAUGAUGUUUUUCGGUAUUAGGAACGAAAAUAUUGCAGUACUUGAAGAUAACACUAAUGAAGGAGAUGAUAUUAUUCACAAUACAAUAAUGCAGGGAUCCCUAGCCAAAAGGAUUCCGCAAAUUGAUGAUGGACCGGCAAAGUUUAUUUUUUCCCCAGAACAAAUAAACUUCCUGCAAAUUUUAACUGAAACCUUGAAUUCUUUGAUAUAUAGUGAUUUAGUGAACGUCAAAGCCUUAGAAAAAAUUGUUCGAUGUGUAUGUUGGGAUGGAUUUUUUGGAGACUACUGUGAUUACUGCCUUAUAGGCAACACACCGCCUCAACUUUGGGAUUCAGGAUUGAAUUAUUGACGAACAGCGAACGCAAAAAUAGCAAUGGCACUUCAUGAAAAAAAAACUAAUUUUGUCAUCUUAUGUUGAAUAUAGUAAGACAUAUAAACCAUAUCAGUAAUAACUUGCCCAAUAUCAAAAAAUUUGUUUUAUUUUCAUUUGGGGAUACAUAAAAAACAAAAACGGAAGCAACAGAAAUCUAAGAAAAAAUAUCAAUUUGAACGCAAAAUCUUGUUAGAAUAUGUGAACUUUCCAAUAGAUAGUUGCAAUACGUUACGAGUCUUAGGGUUCUGAUCAAGCGUGAGUUCGACCAUAACACACAAACACUUAGUCCAAAUUAUUUGUCCAAGUGAUUUGUUGCAUAACAGAUCUUCAACCCAUUAUUCCGCGUUAUUUCAGUGAUAUAUUUAUUUGUUUUAUUAGAUAAAUUUAUUAUUGUAUCAAUGGCUGUUUUACUUUCAACCGG